AUGAGCACAGAAACAGAAGAUGACUUUUAUCAGUCGGACGAAGAUGACCUGGAUGAAGAUGAGGCAACUCAAUAUAUAAUCGAACAAAGCCUGAUUCAAUAUAGGAAGCUCAAAAGACUGCAUCCAAGUGAUUUGAAACCAAGUGAUGACCCUGAUGAGAUUUUCAAAGCAAUUAAAGAGGGAGAUGAGGCUGCACUGGACAGACUCACGGCGCAAUCAGAGACUCUGUCCAGAGUUGAUGAGAGAGGAUGGAUCCCCCUGCACGAGGCUGCAGUCCACAAAAACAAGAAGAUGUUGGAAAUCAUUUUCUCAGCAUCUCCGCCCGGUGCGGCCCAGUGUCGCACCCUGAAGGGUGAGACUCCUCUGUUCCUCGCUGUGCUCCACGGACUCAGAGACAACGCCACAUUCCUGUUGCAAAACGGAUCCAGUCCUGAUCUCCAGAACGAUGAGCAGGAUUCUCCGUUAGUGGCAGCCAUCCUGAAUGACCAGUAUGACUUAGCCACGCUGUUGCUCCGCUACAAUGCCCAAGUAGACCAAACCGGACCUCUAAACAGGACAGCUCUCCACGAGUCAGCCUUUUUAGGUCUGGAGAAUUUUGUCUAUUUGCUCCUGGAAUCAGGUGCAGAGCCAAAUGCGUGUGACAUCAAACAGAAAACUCCUCUGGCUCUGGCUGCACAGAACGGACACCUGAACGUGGUGGAGGUUCUGUUACAGAAAGGGGCCCGUGUGUCCUGUGAGUCAGAGUCUGGUACUGUUUUGUUUGAUGCAGCAGCGUCAGGAAACCCUGACAUCAUCUCAUUGCUCCUGGACUACGGUGCCGAUCCCAACGUACCGCUUUACAGUGGUCACCUGCCAAUCCAUCGGGUGGCAUACCACGGACACAGACUGGCCCUGGAGCGCCUCAUCUCGGUGACCGAGCCGCAGGCUGUGAAAGACAGUGGGAUGAGCCCCCUUCAUUCUGCAGCCGCUGGGGGGCACGCCAGCUGUGUGGAGGUCCUGCUCAAAGCCGGCUACGACCCAAACUUCAUGCUGCACCCGAGGGUGCGCCGAAACUAUGACGAUGAGCGCAGGUCUGCUCUCUUCUUCGCCGUGUCCAACACUGAUCUCCAGUGCACCCGCCUGCUGUUAGAGGCCGGGGCAAUGGUGAACCAGGACCCUAUCAACUGUCUGCAGGUGGCUCUCAGACAAGGCAACUAUGAAAUGAUCAAUACGUUGCUUAAAUUCGGGGCAAACGUCAACUACUACUCUCGAGUCAACACCACUCACUUCCCCUCAGCGCUGCAGUAUGCCCUGAAAGACGAGGUCAUGCUGAGGAUGAUUCUGAACUACGGCUAUGAUGUGAAGCGCUGCUUUGAUUGUCCGUACGGGGACUGUUCCCAUGACUACGCUCCGUGGACCUCGUCAGUCAUCAAAGAUAUGGUGUUCUGUGAGGUGAUCACAGUGUCUUGGCUGAAGCACUUAUCCGCACAGGUGGUGCGCAUUAUGCUCGACUACACCGACCAGGUCUCCUUCUGCACCAAGCUGAAGGAGACGUUACAGGAGCAGAAACAAUGGCCUGAAAUCUGUCACAUCCAGAGGAAUGUGCGAAAUCUGAAGCAUCUGUGUCGGUUGCGGAUAAGGGAGCAUCUCAGCCGCCUGCGCUUGAGAGCCCCAGUUUUUAUCAACUUCCUUCCUCUUCCUCCCCGACUGAAAGAUUACCUUCGCUACAAAGAGUUUGACGUUUACAGCAGGGGCAGCAUGGUUAACUGCUAAUAAAUUAAUGGAAGACUUUAUGUCUUCUUACUGUGUGUUUUG